AUGAACUCACGGGCAUCGCGUUCGUCUAUAGCUGUAGGGCAAUCACAAGGUAACACCAAUGGCAAUGUGCUUCUCUUCGUAUCAGUGGAAGGGUCCUCGCUUACUGGGUCUCGGAUGUCACAAGUACAAAAGGAACUGGAUGCGCUGAUAGCAAAAGGGGCGAAACCGCCAUCACGAGUUAUGCAGGACCCUACGAAUGGUGAACCUGUAGCUUGGCGCUAUGGGGUUCCGAAAUAUGUGCUCACAGACUUGGCAUAUGUAAAAGGGCGUAUGCGCGAUCCCGAUGCCACACCUCUCGCCUCAUAUGUGGAAGAGUGCUGUCAGACGUUCAUUAUGGAGGCGACACACAAGGCUCGCUACGAUCAAUGGCGUAGUGUGUGCCAGGAAACCUUUUAUUUGCAGGUAAAUGAUGAAUUGCGGGUUCCGGGUAGGUCAAUUCUCGAGAACGAUAUGUUUGGCUUGUUGUAUCUUGGAAAUGUUGGAGAGAGUGUAGGGGCUGCUUAUGGAGCAAGUAACGAAAGCCAAAACCUCUGUGCGGAGCUAGCCGAGGACCCGCUUCAUCAGGUUCCCUAUGCAAGUAAAAGGUGUCUUGGCACCCACCGCCAUUGA